AUGGCACCACUCCGAGUCUGCGCCACAGCAAAAAUCCUUGUGCUCGGACUGGCUCUGGUUUCUGCUCUGCCACCAGUCUCGGUCUCAGUCUCGGGCGCUCCUGUCCAUUACAGACACGAUCAUCAACAUCGACGUCUGCAUGGAAGUGCCGUCCUUGAAAACGAGCACUGGCGAAUCGGGACUUCAAGCACGGUGUUGGUCGAGGCCACGGCCACGGCCACCCCCAACCCUCGCGCCGUGCCCGAAGACGAUCUCCCGAGCGUGAAGACGACGACGACGACGACGACGACGACGCGCUUCGUGUAUUAUCCGAUCGCAACACCUUAUUUCCCAAAUUUGCUUCACGUGGAGGCGGGAGAUGAGCUGCCCGCAGAGGUCUUUGCGAGGAUUUCCGACCGCGCUCGUGCUCUAGGUCGCAGCUCUGCAUACCCACCAAACAACCCCGUCAAAGUAGCCACGGGUUUGUUCGAGCAUCUGGCAUCUCGACGCAGUCCCCGUGGCGACGGCGAGAGCAUCUCUUCACAACCGUACCUGCUGAACAAAAAGUCGAUCUCUCCCCCUUCCAGAGUCUCCAACUCGGCCAUUGUCCUCUUCCUUGGUGCGGUCGGCUUCUUCUUCGUCUCUCUCGUCUGGAAUCUGUACAUCCGCCACGGCUGGACCCGGGACAAGGCCAACCAGAUAGACGUGGGCGCGGCGGGAGCCAUGCGACUGACAUCACUGACAGGAGAACGUCGGCGUGGUGGCACAGCCAAGGCUCGUCGCAGUCCCGGCGGAUGGUUACGGGCAGCCAACGCGGCGUCUCCACCUGUGUUUGUCGUGUGA